AUGCACAAAUCAUCUUAUUUUCUCCCUCUAAUCGCUGCUCUCAUGCACCAGACAGCAGCCGUUUUUGAGUGUCUCGGAGCUUCAACGGGACCGUGUAUUCUCGGUAGCUGUUUGCCCCUCCAACCGGCCGGUCUUAUGUGCACAACGGGUGGCUGCUGUGAUAGCACAAGCGUGAAAGAAAACGGCAACGGCGUCACCGAGUUCAAAUGUACUGAUACGCAAACAGGCGGACCUUUUAUCCCCGGUGUGCCUUGUCCAUCCGAUACGAUGAAAGCUAUUGAUGAAAUGGGUGGAGUGACUUGUUGUCCCGUGGGCGCCCUCUAUCCAAUAAAUCCACAGCCGUGUGCGGGAAAA